UAAGUGGGUCUUCAGUAAUUUCGGCUAAGUCUGAUAUUAAAGAAAUGCUAACUUCAGUUGAGUUUGACAAAAAAAUGAUAACUUCAGCUAAGUCUGACAAAGAAAUAAUAGUUUCAGCUAAGUUUAACAAAGAAGAAAUACAAAUUUCAGCUGAGUCUGAUAUGAAAAAACUGUCUAAUGUAAGAGAAAUAUUUGGUGUAGAAGAAAUGUCUGAAAUAGAAAUAUCUGAUGUAGAAGAGAUAAUGUUUAAUAUAGACAAAGACAGGUCACUUGAUUUUAGUCUUUAG